AAUAAUGUUCCCAUAAGGAUCUGUGACGAUCAUGACCCGACAUAUCAAACGCGUAAUAUGGAUUCAAAUUUGUCGUCUUUUGAUGAUACAAGCAGUGAAAAAGAAAAUUUGUACGAUGGUCCAUCAAGUAAUAAAAGAAAAGAAUUAGAGAAGAAAAUAAAAGAUUUAAGAGACGUGGUUAAACAAUUACAAGAAAAAUUACGAGUUACAAGAUUCAAGAAUAUAAAAGGCACAAAUAGCCAAAAUACACUUGUUGAUAAAAAGAAACAGAUUGUGCCAAUAGAUAUAAAUCAUGAAUUGUACAGAUAUAGUGGAUUGUAUUGUGCACAAGUUGUUGCAACUAAGUUCAUAAUUGGAUUUAGUUCAUUUUUGAAGCAUCAGGAGGAAAAAUUUGCGAUAGAAUUUAUCUUUCAGAAUAAAACAAUACGUGUAGGCAAAUGGAUAAUGCCUAUGUCAGUUGACAUGAAACAGUUAUUGUCAGAAGUAUCACUUAACACGGUAGAGGAUUUACAUCCUUUUUUAAGAAAUUGUAAAUUGCAUGUCGAUUCUUAUAUUAUGAGGUUGCAACAAUAUCAAACAUUCAAGUCUUACCUUGAUAAUUUGAAUAAUUGUAAUGUGCAAACAAAUUUGGGAUAUAGUACAUUUAUAUUAGAAUUAUCACAAGUAUACGAUAAGAUAAAUGAAAGUUAUGUUCGUAUAACAAUUUUUUUAUGGUAUAAUUCUAAAAAUAAUAAACCAGAUGAUAUCAAAUUUGAAAUACAUGGAAAUAUAAAAUACAAAGAGGAGACUGAGAAAAGACUAAGAAAAUCUUUAAAAGUAUUUUAUAUCAAUGAUUUAAUAACAGCAUUUGAUAAAUUCUUACAAGAAGACAACGCACAAUUUACAUGGAAAAGGGAGAAUAAGAAUGAUACUAUAUCAGAAACUGACGUAUCCAGCGAUUCGAAAGAGAAUGAAGAUAACUUAAGUUCAACAAGAUCUCCAAAUAAAAUAUUCAAGACAAGACGAAAGAGAAAGAGACCAUUAGCGACAACUGCCAAAGGGAUAAGAAAAGAUAAUGUCGAUAAGAUAUUAAAGCAAUCGAAUAAAAAUAUAAAAAUUCCAACGCAGCUAUUAAAACAAGAGGUACACAAAGAAGCAAAUACGAGUAAACAAAUGAAAAAUGUAACUUCUCCUAAACCGUCAAAAAUAGUUAAGAAACAAUCAAAACUUCCAUAUUUUUCCAUUCAAUUACGUUCUCGAGAAAAAUUAUUAAAUACUUCUAAAAUAAUAGACGAUAAAGUAAAAAGGAUAAAAAGUAGUGUUACUAGCACUCCUAAACGCUUACGUUCAAGAAAACUCACUUCAAUCGAAAAGUUACCACAAUUGGAUAUAAGUGACAUAGAUGGUAAAUAAAUUAAU